GUUUGUGUGUCUUUGUGUGUCUAUGAGUGUGUGCGUGGUGUUGGAGCAGUUGGCUUUAGGCAGCUCUUGGCUGUCAGAGUGUGACAUUUGCCUGAAUUCGACGAUGUGAGUUUUCAUCUCUGUUUGUCACACACACCAAAACAUUGCAGGAGAUGAAGAUAUGUUCUAGUUUUAGUUUCACACUCUGUUUCUCACUGCAGCACAGAAGUGCCGAAGAUUUUGCUUUUGUUGUUGUGUUUUCUGUGAGUGCUCCUUGCAUGAGAAUUGUUUGCAGUGCUGGUGGGUGAGUGUCUCCUCCGCUCGUCUCUGUUUAAAGCAGCGUCUUCUUCCUCAGGUAAAGACAGAGGCAGAUGGAGAGGGAGGGAAAGAGAAGGAGGAGAUUUCAAAAUGCAGGACCGACGAACAACAUCUUCCAAUCCCAUCCCUCCCUCUCUUUCUCCUCCUGCGCCUCCUCCUCCACCACGGCCUCCUCUCCGCUCACGUCGCAAAUCCAAGUCACCUUCAUCCCGCUCCAGCCACGCCACUCCAAAACGAGCUUUGGAUUUGGAUAAAAUUGGGUCCAACUCAAAUUCGGAAGUCACCAGGCAAAACCACAGAGGGUCCCGAGACCAGCGGGGCUCCCAGGGCUCCCAGGGCUCAGAGCUGGACAGGAAGUGGGAGGGCGUGGCCCUGGAGCUGCGUCACCGUGGCGGCAGGAUGAGGGCGGCGGUGUACCAGACGUCAGACUUGCCGUCCAUGGUCAAAGCCAAGAGACAGCUGGAGCAGAGUGAGGGCAGAGGGCAGAUGGACCGCAGUAAAUCGAAGGCGACGUUUGUUUGAGGAGGAGGAAACGUGUGCGGCGUGCUGAUGUGCGCUCAGUGGCCACGCUGGCAGGCUCUGCAGCAGCUGAAACUCUGUCUGGUUCAAAGUUGAGGCAAAGUGUCAACAACGGUGCAGCUGCUCCCACACCACACUGAGGGCUGCUGCUGGCAGGCCCUCAUCCAUCAAAUGCUUCGUGUCCGAUCAACAGCCUAACCCUCAUUCUGACAAGUUCUGUGCAGUGGAAGUACCUUGACACAAGUACUAUCUUACUUCACUUCUCUGUACCACUACUACGUACCACUAUACACUACACAACAUGCAUCUGACCUUUGAUCCAUUUCAAUAAUUAUUUAUUUUAGAUGAAUUUGCACAGCAGAGUUAAAAGUGUCUUUGACCAACUGCAAAAUUGUAAUUAUUUUUACAUUUUAAUACGUCAAUACAAAUGGCAAUGCAGCACUAUGUAUUAAUAUAACAGUAUUGACACUAUUGAGGGAUAUUUUUCAGAUGACACUGUUCACUUAAGUACAUUUCUUUAUUGAUGGACUUAAUUUUAGCACAACUUUCGAAUUGUGUCAA